UGUCCUCGACCUAUGGAAGUGGAAUUUAAAAAUAUCAAGUGAAAGAAAACAUUGAGAGCCAUGGAAGAUGCGGAGUUUCAAGUUACGGUUGUAAAAACAGAUACGGAGGAGAAUAAUCAGGAUAAAAAACGAACCGAACGUGGGAAGCUUGUGCAAAUGCAGAAGAAUUGGUUGGAAGCAAGAAAAAAAAUCGCCUCUCUGGAGGCACAAGUGAAUAUGCAUCGACUUCGUGAAGAAGCACUGGUUUGUGAAAUGGUCGAAUUGCGCAAGAACCAGGAAGUGAGUCAAGUCAAAUUCGAUGAAGAGCGCCGCGAAUGGCUCCGCAAUAUGCAGGCAGCUCAGGAAAUCAAAGCAGAGAAUGUUGAUAAAGGCAAGGCCGAGAUAGAUUUACUAAAGGCAGAAAUAGCGGAAUUAAAAUCUUCCUUGAAUGAUGCCGAACGAACCCGUUUGUUUUUGUUGGAAGACAACGGUAAAAUAAAACAGCAGAAAGCAAAAUUAAGAUGUGAUUACAAUGAGUUGAAGCGUGAACACAAUAAGUUGCUUUCCUCCCAGCAAGCUGAAACAACUAGAAAGAGUGAAGUUCUCCACGAUAGAAGUGGAACGGAAAACAUUCCAAACAAAGGCAAUCAAAAUGGGUUACGAGGUGGGAAUAAUUUUGGGAAUGCCGUUCUCGGUCUUUCUGAGACCCACAGUAUAUGCAUAUCACCAGCUUCACCUAAACAGUCCGAUAAUUCCAAUGUUACUAACUUGGAAGCAGAUUCGAAACGUAAUGAAGAUUCAGUUGCCAGAUCUGUAAAUAUGCAGGAAAGUGCCGUAAUGAACAAUGUAAACACAGAAGAAAAAAAAUUAAUUGGAGAGCUUAUCGAAAAAUUGAAGCACUCAGAUAAAAAAAACCAGGAAUUGCGAAAAGCGCUGCACACUGUUGAUGAGCAAUGCGAAAAGCUUCUGGAAUUGAAAUUACGAUAUGAAGAGAAGGAACGCAAUCUUGCACUAAGUGCAUCGAUAUCUAGCGUAGCGCCGCAAGAUAGUAAUCAGUGUGGGCGGUCGGAUCUUGAAAUGGGGCAUUCUGCAACAGAAAAGGAACAGAAGUUUUUAUCCCAGAAGUUUCUAGAUGACAUGGGUUCUUCAUCGAAUGCAGUCAAACGCAAAUAUGCUUCAUGCAUCACUGCCUUUGGUAAACGUUCGAAAAAUGAUCUCUGCUGAGUUUGCGCAGACAUAAUACAAUUUGUCAUUGUUCUUUUUAUGUCCCUUAUAUUUUUAAUUACUUGUACCAGUUGUUUGAAACAGAGAUAAUUGCUUGAAAAGUUUUGACUUUUCCUCUUUGCAGAACUGUGAAAUUGUCUAUGUUUUAAUAGUAGUAAAAUAAUAUGCCCCAGGCAGAUUGUAUAGUUCUUUCCCAAUGUAUAUUUUAUUGUAUGGCACGAUUUUGUUAUCCUUAAGACCUUUUUUUUUGCAUGUCAAUUCUGUCAUUUUCUUUCAAGUGCAACUUGCUUAAUGACUUAGAUCAUUCCUACCACUGUUGCCCCUAUCUAGACUCCUACAUUUCCCGUGCACUUCGUUAUUGUUUUUGUUCAUCUCAUCUUUAUCACUCAUGUAUCCCACAAUCAGUUGUACACUCUGAC